GAGCGUAGCCAGAAAGUAAAUCUUUUUUUAAAAUGUUUGGAUUUGGAUUUCGCGUUUGGGAAAUGUGCCGCAUCCGUAUCUCGACAAAUCGGGUCGCGAUUCGUCGAGGUGGAGGACUGGUUCUUCUAAUUGUCUAUGGAUCAACUUUGUGGAACUGGUGCAAAAGAAGGAGAGAAAUAGUCAAAGCGGUAGAUGCAUUCCCAGGCGAAAAGUGGUAUCCGAUCAUUGGAACUUCAUUGACGUUUCUUGUGGCACCGAGAGAAAAACGAUGGAAUAUAUUUAAGGAGUUACAAAAGCAAUUUGGUCCCACCUCGAGAGCGUGGAUGGGAAAUAUUCCCAUAGUUUUGAUUAGUAAACCGGAGCAUCUCGAGUUAAUUUUUAAAAGCAACGUAAGCAUAAAUAAAGGAAUAUUCUACAACAUAUUGAAACCUUGGUUAGGCGAAGGACUAGUGACAGCACAUGGGUUCAAAUGGAAGGAACAUAGAAGACUAUUAACUCCAGCCUUUCACUUCAAAAUUUUGGAUAAAUAUACGGAAGUUUUUUCUGAAAAAGCUAUCGAACUUGCUCGUAUUCUUGAAGAGAAAGUUGGAGACGAAUAUUUUGAAGCGAGUGUUUAUUUUACUAGAUGUGCCUUGGAUAUUAUAUCAGAAACAGCCAUGGGCGUAAAAUUUAAUGCUCUGCGAGAUCCGACUUGUGAGUAUGCCAAUGCAAUAUUCGGACUAUGUGAAAUUAUAUCACUUAGAACUGAUAAUCCAUUGCUGGGCUUGGAUUUUAUUUUUAACUUCACCAACGAGGGAAAGAGAUUUAGUCGGCAUUUAAAGACCAUCCAGGACACCACGAAUAGGAUUAUUGAAACGAGAAGAGAGGAAUUUAAACUGCGACAAGUUGGAACGGGCACUGACGAUCUAGGUAGAAAGGAAAAAUUAGCCUUUCUAGAUAUUUUGCUGGAAAGCGAGAAAGAAAACAAAUUUACCAAUAAAGAAAUAGCCGAUGAAGUGAAUACGUUCAUGUUUGCGGGCCAAGACACUACUGCGUCGACUGUCACAUACGCACUUUUGGCAUUAGGGAAUUAUCUGGAUAUUCAAACAAAAGUGCAGGAAGAAUUAGAUGCAAUUUUCCACGGCGAAGAGCGACCGAUCUCUCCGCAAGAUAUUUCAAGUAUGGAAUAUCUCGACAGAGUCGUCAAGGAAACUUUGAGGAUGUUUACAUUCGUGCCAAACAUUUCUAGAGUACUUGAAGAAGAUAUAGUUAUUGAUGGACAUCGUAUUCCGGCUGGUGUAACAAUGGGGUUAUCACUUUACGACUUACACCACAACGCGGAGCAUUGGCCAGAUCCGGAGAGAUUUGACCCAGAUCGUUUUCUCCCUGAGUUUGCCAGCAAAAGACACCCCUACGCUUUCGCACCCUUCAGUGCUGGACCUAGAAACUGUAUAGGUCAGAAGUUUGGAACGAGGAAUAGUAAAACGUUACUGGCAGCAAUUUUAAGAAAGUACAAAGUGAAAUGCUUGGAAACUCCCGAAACAUUAGAAGAAUACGCAGAAAUUGUAUUAAGGCCACAACAAGGUCUACAUCUGCAACUGCAAUUGAGAAAAAAGGAGAAUAUAGUGCCUGUAAGCGUAUCAGACGAAAUUGAAAGUCGGCUAGGUGUCCGCAGCAUUACUUUUUGCUCACAGCGCAUAAAGCCUACUAGUCUACUAGAGCUUCUUAACAGAACAACACAAGUCUGCGACAAAAACUCAUAUUUAUUGGCAAACACCGGCCUAUUCUUCAUAACCUCGUUGAGAAGCUCGUCUAUAUCGAAAAUGGGAUCCCUAUUUGACAUUCCGCUAGGUAUAGGCGCAAUUGUUCUUAUAGUUUAUGGGUCGGCUUUGUGGAGUUGGUAUAAACGGCGAAGAGAAAUAUCCAAAGCCAUAGACGUCCUUCCAGGCGAGAGAUGGUAUCCUAUCAUUGGAACCACAUGGAGGGUUCUUAAAAGUCCGAGAGAAAAACGAUGGAAUGAAAUGAAGUUGUUGCUCCAAAAAUAUGGACCCGUCUCAAGAGGAUGGACUGGGCAUCUUCCUAUGGUCUUCAUCAGGAAACCGGAACAUCUCGAGCUGCUGUUUAAGAGCAACGUUAACAUAAACAAGGGAGAGUUCUACAACUUACUAUAUCCAUGGUUGGGUGGAGGACUACUUACAGCACAUGGUGCGAAAUGGAAGGAGCACAGAAGACUGUUAACUUCAGCGUUCCAUUUCAAAAUUUUGGAUAAAUAUUCGGAAAUAUUUUCCGAAAAAGCUGCGGAACUUGUUCGAAUUUUGGAGGAAAAAGUUGGAACUGGCUAUUUUGAAGCGAGUGCAUAUUUCACGAGAUGCGCUUUGGAUAUUAUUUCGGAAACGGCAAUGGGUGUAAAGUUUAACGCUCUCAAAGAUCCGACUUGUGAAUAUGCCAAUGCCAUAUUCGGGCUGUGUGAAAUCGUGAGUACUAGAAUCGACCAUCCGCUUUUGAACAUCGAAUUAAUAUUUAAGCUUAGUAAAGAAGGAACUCGAUUUAAAACCUAUUUAAAAACUAUUCAAGAUACUACGAAUAAGAUAAUCGAAAAACGAAGAGCAGAAUUCGAACAACGCCAAUUUGGAGAACACAUCGAUGAUCUAGGGAGAAAGGAAAAAUUGGCGUUUUUGGAUGUUUUGCUGGCGAGCGAAAAAGAAAACAAAUUUACCAACAAAGAAAUAGCGGACGAAGUAAAUACGUUCAUGUUUGCGGGUCAAGAUACUACAGCAUCAACUGUCACUUACGCCCUCUUCGCAUUGGGUAACAAUCCUGAUAUCCAAGUAAAUGUUUCUCUUUGGCAAAACGUGAAGGUACAAGAAGAAUUAGAUGGCAUUUUUGGUGGCGAAGAACGAACUAUAACUCCUCAGGACAUUUCCAACAUGGAAUAUCUGGAAAGGGUCAUCAAAGAAACGUUAAGAAAGUUUUCGUUUAUACCGUUAAUCGGCAGGUUGCUCGAUGAAGAGUUAGUUAUUGACGAACAUCAGAUUCCAUCAGGAGUUGGAAUUGGAAUGUCGAUCUAUACUCUGCAUCACGAUCCUAAUCAUUGGCCAGAACCAGAUCUAUUUGAUCCUGACCGUUUUCUACCAGAGGUUGCUGCCAAAAGACAUCCCUACGCUUUCGUACCAUUCAGUGCAGGUGCUAGAAAUUGCAUAGGUCAGAAGUUUGCAACAAGAAAUAGCAAAACCCUGUUAGCAGCAAUCCUUAGGAAGUACAACGUGAAAUGUUUAGAGACUCCAGAGACGUUCCACGAGUACAUGGACAUUGUAUUAAGACCCCAGAAAGGCUUACAUCUACAAUUAGAAUUUAGAAACAUGGAUUCGCUGCCGGACAUUUGGGUUGCCCUGGGAAUUAUUUUGCUCACUGUAGCGGUAUAUUUGCCAGUUUGGAAAUUUUACAAAAAGCGAAAGCAAUUGGCUGAAGCUGUAGAUGCUUUUCCGGGGCCCACGUGGUAUCCUUUAAUUGGUACUGGCUGGGAUUUAUUGGUAGCGCCAAGAGAAGACAGAUGGAACAUAAUAAAAAAGUGGGGUCAACAAUACAGUCGUGUGAUGCGAGUAUGGGUCGGAUUUAACCCCAUUGUCGUACUUUCCAAACCUGAUCAUCUUGAGAUCCUAUUCAAAAGUCACGUUAACGUAAACAAGGGAAUAUUCUAUCGAUACAUGAUGCCAUGGUUAGGAGAGGGAUUAAUUACAGCAUCAGGCAACAAAUGGAAAGAGCAUAGGAGACUUUUGACUCCUGCAUUCCAUUUUAAAAUUUUGGAUAAAUAUUCGGAAGUCUUUUCUGAGAAAGCCUCAGAACUGGUGGAAAUAUUUGAAGAAAAGGUUGGAAAAGGGCCUUUCGACGCCAGUACUUAUAUUACUAGAUGUGCGCUAGAUAUAAUUUCAGAAACUGCGAUGGGGGUAAAAUUCGAUUGCCUCAAAAAUCCAAGUUCCGAUUAUGCCGUUGCUAUAUUUGGGCUAUGUGAAGGAGUGGCCAAUAGAGGAAACAAUCCAUUUUACGCAUUUGACUUUGUCUUCAAAUCUAGCAAGGAAGGAAAAAAAUAUUACAGUUGUCUAAAAACUGUCGAGCAAACCACGUACAAGAUAAUAAACGACAGGAGAACAGAAUUCCAGAAACAUAAAACUGAGCAAAAAAUCGACGAGCUAGGCAGAAAGGAGAAGUUGGCGUUUUUGGACAUUUUGCUAGCCAAUCAACUAGAGAAUAAAUUCUCUGAUAGACAAAUUGCCGAUGAAGUAAACACGUUCAUGUUUGCUGGUCAAGAUACAACUGCAUCUACGGUGAUGUAUACCCUUCUCGCUUUAGGAAAUUACUUGGAUAUCCAGGCCAAAGUACAAGAAGAGCUGGACGGCAUCUUCAACGGCGAAGAAAGGUCUAUUACGCCACAAGACAUUGCCGACAUGGAAUAUCUCGACAGGGUGAUCAAAGAAACUUUAAGAAAGUUUUCUUUUGUUCCUUCUAUUGGUAGAAUUUUGGAGGAAGAUAUCACUAUCGAUGGACAACGUAUUCCAGCAGGGGUCGGUGUUAUCUUGUCACUAUAUAAAUUGCAUCACGACCCCGAAUAUUGGCCUGAACCAGAUCGUUUUGAUCCGGAUCGCUUUUUAGCUGAAGUGGCAAACAAAAGACAUCCAUAUGCUUUCGCACCGUUCAGCGCUGGUUCUCGGAAUUGCAUAGGUCAGAAAUUCGGGUCAAGAAACAGCAAGACUCUAUUAGCGGCAAUUUUAAGAAAAUUUACAGUGAAAUGUUUGGAAAAUCCGGAUGAUCUGCAAGAAUACGAUGAAAUAGUACUUAGGCCCCAGAAUGGCGUUCGUUUAGAAUUAACACUAAGAAAAUAAUAACUGUUUUAAAACUGAUCAAUUGUAUGCGAUUAAUGAAAUUAGUCUAAGGUUGGGAUUAGGCAACUAUGUUUUUUUGCAAUUUUGAAUCGCAAACGUAUUAGCAAGUUUAAAACAUCUUUUUCCAAUUUUUCAUUAACAAUUGACACUUGACAAUUUUCAGUUUUGCAUAAGACCAUUUUUUAUGUAUUUACUUUUUAGAAAAUUGUGUAUUGGACAUUGGGAUCUGUUCAAACCAAUAGGUCGUAUUUUAAAAUAUAAUACUUUUAGGAUUUAAGGAAUUGUAUAACCGAUCUUAUUUAUUAUCUAUUUAGUAUCUCAAAUUAUGGAUUACGAAUUGAGAAUAGGAAAUUGCCCAAUCCGGGCUUAGAUUUCUAGACAUAAAAAACCGGGAUAUUUUCAAUAUAUUCAAUAAAUUACGA